AUGGUGGGCCACCUGCAUCUGCAGGCCAUGGAGGGCAACCUCCAGGGACAGAGCCGCGAGGCCUUGCUGGACAGCCCCGACUCCGGGCUGCCGCCCAGCCCCAGCCCCAGUCCGCCCUUCUAUGCCUCAGAGCCCCCUGGACCUAGUGAGGCCGGCGCGGCAUCCCCUGCGCUCAGGAUGAGGCCCCAUAUGCUGCCUGUGUUCUUUGGGGAGAGCAUCCAGGUGACCCCAGCACCCACGCAGGAGAUCCGCUGCAACUCUGAGAUCAAGUAUGACUCUGAGAAGUACUUCCGGGACAAGAUCUUCUACGCGCCAGUGCCCACGGUCACGGGCUACAGCGAGACGAUUGUGGCAGCACCCAACUGCACGUGGCGCAGCUACCGCAGCCAGCUGACCCUGGAGCCGCGCCCACGCGCCCUGCACUUCCACAGCACAGCCAUCGUCUUCCCCAAGUGUGCCAGGAGCACCUUCCGGACCACCGUGCACUGCAGCCUGGGCCGGCCCAGCCGCUGGUUCACCUCCAGUGUGCGGCUGCAGAGCGGUGGGGGCCCCGUGCCUGGCCCCACAGCGCUCUGAUGGGCGGGUGCCCCGGGAAGGGCCGGCGCCUGGGCAGGAAGGAGGCGGCGGCCAGCUGGCUUGGGACCAGCUGUUCCUGGCCGCCUGCCCUGGCCCCCAUGCCCAGUUGCAGUGGAGGGCCCAAUCAAUGCCUCCAUUCUAUUAGGGCCAGGCAGCCUGGGGAGAGGAGGAGCAAGCUUGGGGCUCUGGGGGUGGGGACACUCCAGCUCCGGCUGGUGCACAUGGGGCCCAGACUGGAACUGGUCAUGCCGAAGAGACAGCCCGGAGCCUCUGCUGUCCCCAGGGUCCCUGGAAGGCGGCCUCCCCUUUGGGGUAUACAUCCCUGACCAGUACCUGCCAUGAAGUGCCUUUGGGGCUGGGACUGUUAGCUGUAAACCCUUGAGCCAGGUGCCAAGGGG